CACUAUCACCUCACCCCGCGGGGUUUUCGUUCCCGUUGCCAAAAAAUUGUAUGGUGUCGGGCGGUUUCGAUGAACCGCGGGGAAGGCGCGGUUAAGGUGCAAACCGCUCCCCCCAUCCAACGGUUUGCAUUAAAUUUCCCCCCUCCCCCUCAACACGCCUAAUUUAGGUCAAAACUUCAAACGAACUUCACUUUAAAUUCGGGUAUUCGUAGCGAUUUUUUUGAUUUAUUACAUUUUAGUACAUACAAAUUUUUCUCUUACAUUUGAUACAUGAACUCUUAAAAUUUUACAAACAGAUCCACUGUUAAAGAAACUUCUAGACCACUUUAAGAAAUUUGUGGUCUGGAUUUUGUGGUUUGUGAAGAGGAUUUUGUAGGGUGAAUUUUGUGGAGAGGAUUUUCCUUUUCCCGUUUAAUUGCACACGUGACUCUCCCUUCCCUCAAUUUUUAUUAAUGACCAGCGUGCCCCUCCUACCCCUUGAUCAACUAAUUUAAAUAAAAAGGUCAUCCAAACGAAAUGUUCCUAUUGUUUGGAACUAGUGUUAACAACAUGCUGAAUAUCUUUGACAAAAAAAAAGUGUUAACAUCAUGCUAACAAAAAUAAGUGUUAACGCACUAGCUCCUCCCAUCAAUGAUUCGGUCAUGACAAAACAAAAACUAUCAAACUUGUGAACAAGGUAUUUUUUUUUUAUCAUGAUGAUUCAUCAUGACAUCUUGCCACCGCCCCUAGUGAUCAAAUACAGAAAACCCACAUAAGGAUUGUGGAAAUUGCAUGGAAGACUUGGAGUCAAUGACCAGUCGGCCAAGGGUAACUUCCAGUUCUUAAUCUUCUGUGGUUCUGGCAGCAAGACUUAGAAAGAAAGAAGCAACUCAAGUCCACGAAUCAAACAAAACUAGAAAUAAUUGCACUGAUAGAGACAUAUCGAUCAUUCAUUGUCAAUUUAUACACAGCAAGCUCUGAAGUUCGAACCACUCUCAUCAAUCAAGUUUAACUUCUUUCCAUAAAACGCUCCCAUGUCUCGCCUCAUCACCCUCUCCUUAAUUACAUCAACAUUAUUAAUCCUGAUCAUCUUUCCCUUAAGCAGCACUGCCAGAUUACAUCCUAAGGGCUGCCACCCUACAGAGAGGCAAGCCCUUCUCAACUUCAAGCAAAACCUGAUCGACGUCUCAAACCGCCUUGUCUCGUGGUCUGCUGAUCAUGACCACGGAGAUUGCUGCAACUGGUCUAAUGUUGUCUGUGACAACGUUACAGGGCAUGUCCUCGAGCUGCAUCUGAGCAGCGCUUCAGAUCUCCCCGAACAGGCAUUUAGUGGCGUAAUCGAUUCGUCUUUGUCGAAAUUGGAGCAGCUGACGAUGUUGGAUCUCAGUGACAAUGCCUUCGGAGGGAUUCCUCUGCCCAGUUUCCUCAGCUCCAUGAAGAAUUUGCGGGGUCUGAACUUGGCCAGGUCCGGAUUCGGAGGAAGCAUUACUUCUGAUAAUCAGCUUGACAACCUGUCAAACCUCAGGUAUCUCAGCCUCCAAGGAAAUUACAUCAAAGUUGAGACUCUGGAGUGGCUUUCCAGUCUUUCUUCCCUGGAGCUGCUGGACUUGGGUUUCUUGGACCUCGGUAGCGUCUCAGAUUCAUGGUUGAAUGUCAUCAAUAAGCUCCAUGUGCUUGUCGAAUUGCGCCUCUCUUAUUGCCAACUUGGACAGGUCCCUGAGUUCCUGAACCCUGUCAAUUUUUCGUCUUCCAUGUCAGUUCUCGAUCUAUCACACAAUAAUAUCUCCGGUCAGCCUCCAUUUCCCAAAUGGGUUCUUGAUCUCAGGUCCUUAACUUACCUCAAUCUCGCAAACAACCGAUUUCAGGGCCAUAUCCCUGAGGGUAUUCAGAACCUGAGUUCACUCGAAACAGUUGACCUGUCCUGGAAUUCGUUCAGUUCCUUGAGCCCAACCUCCUUCUCUUCCUUGACCAGGCUUCGACUCUUCAACCUUGCUUUCAAUAACCUUGAAGGUGAUCUUUCUGGAGCCAUGGGGAAUAUGACUUCCCUCGUCGAACUUGAUCUCUCCUCAAAUGGGUUUCAAUUUGUUGGAGGAAUCCCAGAUUACUUCAGCACAUUUUGCAACCUGAAAUUGCUUACCUUAUCAGAUGUCAGGCUAAAACAGGAUGUCAACCAGGCUUUUGAUGUUCUGUCUGGAUGUCCUGCAAAAGGGUUGAAGACCAUCAGGAUGUCCAACUGUCAACUAUUUGGUUCCUUGAACAUUUCCCUUGCGAAGUUCAAGAACCUCGACACGCUGUCCUUAUCGAAGAAUUCCAUUUCAGGUCCAUUACCAAAGUCUUUGACAUACUUGGGAUCGUUAAGGUAUUUAGAGCUUUACAGCAACAAAUUCCAUGGAACCCUUCCCACAGGGUUUGGAACAGUCACAAACCUGGAGUCGAUCGACAUCUCUGACAACUUGCUGGAAGGUGAUGUCUAUGAGAUUCACUUCUCAAACCUCACCAAGUUGUGGAUGUUUCGCGCGUCUGGAAACCAGCUCAGGCUGGAAGUAAGUUCGGAUUGGGCUCCUCCACCACAAUUGAAUGAUUUGGGACUAGGGUUAUGGAGACUCGGACCUCGAUUUCCUUCUUGGCUUCAGUCCUUAAAGUUGCUUAACAGCUUGAACUUGUCCAAUUCAGGAAUUUCUUCUCACAUUCCGUCUUGGGUUUUCUUCAACUCUGUUUUAUACAGCAUUGAUCUAAGCUCAAAUCUUUUGACUGGUCCAUUGCCUUUUAUUUCUCCGAUUACAAGCAUUCUGGACCUCUCAAACAAUAGCCUCUCUGGAACCAUUACAAACUUCCUCUGCUACAAGCCCAAGGAAGACAAGAUGACCCAAGUCCUCAACCUCGGAGGAAAUCGAUUUCGUGGCGAAGUUCCUGACUGUUGGGGAUCCUGGAAGUACCUUGAAGCUGUGAAGUUGAGCAGCAACAGGUUCACUGGCAGCAUCCCUUGGUCUAUUGGAACAUCUGUGUUUCUCGAUUCGCUUAACCUGCGAAACAACAAACUCUCUGGCCACAUUCCAUCCUCACUGAAGAACUGCUCCAAGCUCGUUGCACUCGAUUUCAGCGGGAACGAACUGGACGGAGCGAUUCCUUCUUGGAUUGGUGAAAAUUUGAGGAAACUGAUGAUUCUAAACUUCAGGGACAACAACUUCAAUGGACCCAUUCCUGAGCAGCUCUGCAAGGCGAAUUCGCUGCGAAUUCUCGACCUUGCCAACAACAAUCUCGUCGGAAGAAUCCCCAGAUGCGUCAACAACUUCACCGCGAUGGUACGAAUGAACGAUUCCAGCGGCACGAUUCUCCUGAGCUACAACGGGACCGGCCCGUUCUUCGAGACGGCACUAAUCAUGAUCAAAGGGAAGCUGUCCGAGUACGGCUCCAUUUUGAAACUGGUGAGAAGCAUAGACUUGUCGGAAAACAAAUUGUCAGGGGAAAUCCCUCGGGACAUGACUAACCUCGAAGGGUUGCAGUCUCUGAACCUGUCAGGAAACUUGCUGAUGGGGAAAAUACCUCAAGACAUUGGAGCAAUGAGAUCGCUGGAAUCCAUCGAUUUGUCUCAGAAUCGGCUUUCAGGGGAAAUCCCAAGGAGCAUGUCAGGGAUGACGUUUCUGAGCUUCCUGAACUUUUCUGACAACAAGUUGAGCGGCAGGAUUCCUUCAAGCACCCAAUUCGAGGGAUUUAAUGCCUCAAGUUUUGCCGGGAACUUGAAUCUCUGCGGCCUCCCACUUGCCAUAAACUGCAGCAAUGUUCCUGCGCCUGGGCAGGACGGGAUUGGGAACGGAGAGGAGGAUGAAGGCCAUGUAUAUGAACAGUGGUACUUCUAUGUCAGCAUAGCAAUUGGAUUCAUAGUGGGAUUCUGGGGCGUUGUUGGUUCCUUAGCACUGAGCAGGAGUUGGAGGUACGGUUACUUCCGGUUUAUCGAUAGUUUAUGGUACAAAUUUAGAACGGGAUAAUAGCACGUAGGUAUUGUAAAAUCCUACCACAGGUUAUAUAAGAAAAAUUAGCUGUAUGC